AAAUGUGCCAGGAAAUUGAGCAACUAAAUCGAGAAAAUCUUAAACAUGAAAGGGAUAUAGAGGAAUGUGACCGAGAAUAUGUACGAUUACAAAUCGAACAGCAUAAUCUGCAAACCGUUACUUCCAACCAACAAGCUGUAGAAACUUGCGAUCAAAUCUCCAUGGGCAUUUUUCAACAAACUCUUGAAUUGAAUAGUCUUCUAAAGCAAAUAGACUUUGGCAAAAUUGUGAAAUGUCAUCAUAUGGAAAUGGAGGGGAAAUUUCUUAAAGAAUCUCAGCCCAUACAGGAUGCUAUGUCACACACCCAAGAAUGGUAUGAGAAAAUGGAACAAAGACAUAUUGUAAGAAAAUAUCGUCAAGCUGAAAUUGCUAAUCGUGAGGCUGAGCAGGAGGCGCGAAAAGAACUAGACGCUAUGCGGUUAUCUGAUAAAGAAAGUAUGGAGAAGUUAUUGCAGGCUAAAGAUAAGAGAAAUGUAUUAAUUGUUUCAUUAAUACAAGAAGCCAAAGAAAUAGAAGCCUUAAACAAAAAGUUGGAUAAAUUGAACAAAUAUAAAACGUAUAUAGAAGGCUUGAGGCAAGAAAAGUUAUUGUUGCUUAAGCAGCUGGAUGAUAAGCAACUAAAGUCCUUUAACCCCAAUAUAACUUCCAGUUCCAACUCUUUUCUCCCAAAAAUUUGCCCGGAAUCUACAAAAAAUAUUGAUGUGCCGAAAUUGGUCAUACCCAACUUGCCUUCACUGGAAGAAAUUUUAAUGAUUUUUAAUCAACCCAAAGAAAAUAAAACGACUUUGAAAAAAACUAUAUUACACAACACCACUUACGAUCAAACAACUACUAACAAACAAAAUAAAAAUGUAAGUUUUAAAAUGCCGCUAGAAGAAUUCCAUGAGUAUCCUCAACAAGAAAUGGAAACUGAGCUAGAAACAGAAACCGAACCAGAGACUGAAACCGAAUCGGAAUAUGAAGAAUUGAAACAACAAGUCGUAGAGCAAAAAACUACAGAAAAAGAAGAAAAUUUACAAGAAAUGAACGAAAUUGAAACAAUUGAUUUAUUAACACCGACAGAAAAGGAAACUAUUCAGAUAAGCGAGCCGUUGAAGUGUGCGGUGAAAACUGUGGCUGAUAAACAACAGCCCUUAAUAGAAAUACAAGAAUGUAUUGUAUUUAAAGCACCAUUUCCUAUGCAGGAAAUUACCGCAAUAGAAGAUAAGGUCAAUGUUUCAGAGAUAACGAGCAGCAGCUCUAAACAAUCAACAAACAUGUCGUCACACUCGCGCUCAUCAAAUGACAAGGUAAAUGUCUUAGAUGAUACGCCCAGCAGCUCUAAACUGUCGGGAAACUCCUCAACUUCACUCUCAUCACAUACUAACAUUAAAGACAUAUUAAAUACAACGAAAAUAGUAUUAAAUGAUGAAUUAACUUCUUCAUCUGUCGAAGUUUCGCCAAAGAAAUCAUCAGUAAAGUUAGGUAAGAAGUCAUAUUUAAAAGAUGAUUUCGAAGCCUUUUUCAAGGAUAACGAAGACGAAUUUUGGACUUCAAAUGUAACACCAAAAGCUAAAGCAAGCAAUGAGACAGCAGACUUUUUAGAUUUUGGCCCUAGCAAAGGAUUUACAUUCGAUUCGGAUGAUAAUACAGCGGAUAAUGUGGAAAUUAUGGAUUUUAUGUAA